GUCCCAAUGUGCUGUGGUUAGCUGCACAGCUGUGUGAUUAUUUGCUGUCGGACGGAGAAAAGGAAAAAGAUGACAGGGCGCGGGAAAAGAAAACCGAAAUCGACUCCCCAGGCUGACUCUACCAAUGGGGAGUUGAGAAAGAAAACCAGGCCAGAGGAGCCGACGGUGGGCCUGGCUUUUGCCGAUGUGUCGACCGGGCUGCGGGAGGAGGUGGAGAGGCUGUACAAGCUCCGAAUGCCUGAAGACUUCUACCACUUCUGGGAGUUCUGCUCACGGCUCUGCCCCGAGAGCCCCAGAGAUGCAUUGAAAGAAACUCUGGGUUUGCGGUUGGUUGGACCGUUUGACAUCCUGGCAGAGGCCCACAGAAACUCUGCCAACCCCCAGCCCAACUACCACCUCCACUGGCGGUACUUCUAUGACCCCCCUGAAUACCAGACCAUACUGCAGGGAACGGGGGACACUCAACUCCACCUGGGCUACUACAGAGAUAGUCCGGACUCCCUGCCCGUGUUUGUAGGGGAGAAUGAAGUCAAGAAGGGCUGUACCAUCUCACAGAUGGGGGACAACAUGUUUGCUGCUGUCUAUCUGUUUCUGGGUAAGAAGCGGAAGGAGAAGGGCGGGAGGAAAGAGGGAGGAGGUGCCCUGGGUAUCCUGGGGGAGGAGCUUAGAGAGAGGGCGGAGUCUCUGGGUUUGUCUUUGGAGCAGAAGUCCAAAGCCAUGAAGCUUAGAGACAAAAAGGUGGUCACCAAGACGUUCCAUGGAGCAGGACUGGUGGUGCCCGUUGACAAAAACGAUGUCGGUUACCGGGAGCUGCCGGAGACCGAUGCGGGUCUGAAGCGGGUGUGUAAGGCGAUAGUGGAGGCCCGGUCUGAUGAGGAGAGGAUGAAGGCGUUCGGCCCCCUGCAGGAGAUGAUCACCUUUGUCCAGUUUGCCAAUGAUGAGUGUGACUAUGGAAUGGGUCUGGAGCUGGGGAUGGACCUCUUCUGCUAUGGAUCACACUAUUUCACUAAGGUGAUCAGGCAACUGCUGCCCUUGGCCUACAACCUGCUGAAGAGGGGCCUUUUUGGUGAGAUCCUGGAGGCUCACCUAACCAGGCGUUCAGAAGAUGACAGCCUAGACCAACUCUCCUCAGGCUGAGUAGAACAAUGGCAGAACCAACUCCUCAGGCUGAGUAGAACCCUGGCAGAACCAACUCCUCAGGCUGAGUAGAACCCUGGCAGAACCAACUCCUCAGGCUGAGUAGAACCCUGGCAGAACCAACUCCUCAGGCUGAGUAGAACCCAGGCAGAACCAACUCUCCUCAGGCCGAUGGGAACCCUGGAAGGAUUGGAAAGAAGAGGGAAGGAUGGUUGUUUUUCAUGAAGCUGUUGCCUCUUACUGUUUUUAUUUGCCUUGUUUUUAUUGAAGCGGUUUCAGUGCUUCAGUCGUUGAAUGGUGUCUGUAAAAGUGGAUGUGGAAUAAAGUAUUAUAUUUCUAAGA